UUGACUUCAGCUUCUGCACAAGGUUUUUUGGGUUUAGCAGUAUUCUUGCGUGGUGCUUCUGUUAUCCUACGUCAUCCGUGAUUUUUCUCAGCUGCAUUUGCACUUUGCAGUUCUAUAUCUCCCAAGGAUAUAUUUUGUUUGUCGUAUGUCCAUCCAGAAUCUCAACACAUUCGACCCCUUUGCAGAUGCAAUCAAGGGUUCAGAUGAUGAUGUCCAAGACGGUCUCGUGCAUAUAAGGAUCCAGCAACGGAAUGGUCGUAAGACCUUAACAACAGUACAAGGACUUUCAUCUGAAUAUGACUUGAAGAAAAUAGUGAGAGCAUGUAAAAAGGAGUUCGCCUGCAAUGGGACAGUAAUCGAACACCCGGAGUACGGAGAGGUGUUGCAGCUGCAGGGGGACCAAAGAGAGAAUAUAUGCCAGUGGCUAACAAAGUCAGGUCUGGCCAAACCUGACCAACUCAAAGUCCAUGGUUUUUAGCUAUAAACACCCAUGCCACUAUCUAAGAACACUCCACCUUCAUCAACACCUUAUCAUCUUAAAUUAUCUGUAUCAGUUACUAAUACUUGUUGAUACAUCGUGAGAUAUCCUAUUAUAUACACAUAUAUAUUUCAAUAAAAAAUAUAUAACAGUAACGAUAUAGGCACAAUAUUCUAAUCAGACAUUUGUAAGAUUGUAGGAAGCAAUAUUUUACAGCCUUAUGUUAGGUAAUCCACUAAACUCAUCACGUUUUAAAAUAGUAGCGAUAAUUAAUUAGUGAUUUGAGAAAAUACUUAUACAAGGAAUAGAUACAAAUAGUAACGGAUGGCUCUUCUUUUCGGGAUUAGGUAGUAUGUAUCUCGGCGCUAUAGACGUGUUCAGAGAAAAAAGGAGAGUAAAGAGAGAGAGAGAGAGAGAGUGAGAGAGAAAUAUCAAAAAAAAAAAAAGAAUUUAGGCUCCAGAUUGGUUUAUUGUGUGUAAUGCUGAAUGCUUUGUUUUGUUUAUAUAGUAAGGUAACAGGCCUGGUUUUUAUA